AUGUUACACAAUGGGUACUGCUCAAUUCCGAGACCCAAACAUAAACUCAAGCCCACUCCAAGCUGCCCUAGAAACACUCUCAAGCUCGCUGUUUGCGCCAAUGUUCUCAAGGAUCUUAUCAAAAUCCAGCUGCGCAAGCCUCCAGUCAAAACUUGCUGCUCGGUUCUCAAUGGUCGAAUUGAUCUUGAAGCCGCGGUUUGUCUUUGCACCGCCCUUAAGGCUAAUGUUUUGGGCAUUAAGCUUAAUGUUCCCGUCUCUCUCACCCUUCUUCUCAAUGUUUGUGGCAGGAAGACCCCUUCUGGAUUCAUAUGCGCUUGA